AUGGGUCUAUUCACUAAGAUCGCCGCCGUCGUUGCUGCUUCGGCCACUCUGGUCAGCGCCAACUCGUUCACUUUCAUCAACCAGGACGGCACCACCCGCCACAUCACCUUCACUCCAUCUGCAGGACAGGCCCCUAUCGACCCCAUCACGAUCGGAGGAUUCAGCCAGGCUAGAGUAGAGUUCCCUCAGGGAUGGAUCGGAAAUGCCUAUUCUUUCAACGACGGUGCCCCUAACGUCCCGGGCAUGCUCGCUGAGGUUGCUUUCAACGGCUGGAACGGCUUCACAUAUUUCGAUGUUUCUGCUAUCGUAAACCCCGGCGAUGUUAACGGCGUCAAGCAAAUGUACCCGGCCAGCCAAAUGCAAGCCCAGGCCAAGGUUUCCGUGUCCGGAUGCCAAGUGUUCCCUUGCGGUAGCGCUUACUACCACCCCGACGAUAUCCAGACCGUCACAACCCCGGAAGUAGACCUCAUCGUUACCCUCGGGGGUGGUGCCCCUGCCCGCCGUGAUGUUGAGACUAUGGUGGUCCCCCGCAACUACGUUCUUGGCAAGCUCUCCGCGUAA